AUGGAGGAGUUAAACAUGUACAAGACAGAAUAUCUCGAGGUGUAUGGUAUUGAACUAUAUCGUCAGUUUUAUAACUCCUUAAACUUCUUUGGGCUGGACUCAUUUGCACCAAAUGAGCAUCGGAUGAAUGUUUUUGAAACGGGCUUGUUGAUUGCUUCAAGAUACAAUGUGAUACUACAUUCUUUAACAACUAUAGGUAGUCUGACAUUUUUUCCACUUCGAUCUAGUCCUCCGUCGUGGUAUGAACAUGUUGCUUUUACAAUUGGGUACGUUAACGAUUUUGUUUUCAAGAUAGUAGUAAUCCCAAUGGAUAAUGGUAGAGAAUCCAAUGAUUAUGAACAACUUCCCAAGGUCUCUCCGACAGCCACCGGAAGCCACAGCGACGUCAUCGUGAAAAUCGACAAUGGCGACGACAGGUUUAUUAAGGAAGACGAUGGUCGUACGAGGCUUCUACGUAACCUUAGCUACGAGUUUUGGAAGAAUGGUAAUUCUAGCGAGAAGUUUAACGAUUUGUUAACCGAUAGUCCUGUUAGAGGUGUCAUCAAUAACGAAUGCAUCAAUGCAAGUGACCAUCAUCAUCACCAUCAUCGGACUUCUGAUUCGAAGCAGUCGGUGGAAACCGAUGAUUUAGAAGACGCCAAAGGAGGAUCAUCCGAUGACGACGAAGAAGCCGAGGUUGGGUCACAAGCUCAACAACGUCAGAGACGAAGAACAAGCAAUUCCGGUAGCAGUAUCAAUAUCCAUGAUCAUAAUGAAUUUGGUGGCAUCGGCGGUGAGGUAUUGAAAUGCACAUCGUUUCAGCGGAGAGCAACUUUGGCAAGAACAAAAACUCAACAGUCGAGAUUAAUGGAUCCACCACCGGACAUUCCCAUGUAUUCCAGCCCUAUGCCAAAAUCAGGCGGCGGCUACACACCGACGGUGGUCGGACAUGUUUCCAGUAGAAUCGAAAACGACGAUGAGGAAGAUUUUCUUUUUGAUGAAGAUAAUCCUGAUGAUUUGAAGCAUACUAAACUUGAUGCAUACACCAUUCUUCAAUGGAUUAGUCUUGUGUUGAUCAUGACAAUAUUGAUUGGCACCUUCAGGUUUUCAAAAUGGAAACAAAGAACAUUUCGUGGGCUUUUUAUAUGGCAAUGGGAGGUUUUGGUGCUGAUUUUGAUAUGUGGAAGAUUGGUUUCGGGUUGGGUUAUCCGAAUCGUUGUUUUCUUUAUCGAACGAAACUUCCUUCUUCGAAAACGGCUUUUGUAUUUCGUAUACGGGGUUCGUGCGAUCGUCCAGAAUUGUAUCUGGUUAGGUUUGGUUUUGAUCACUUGGAACUCGAUGUUCAACAAGACGGUUGAAGAGCGCCAUAUCUACUUCCUUGAGCUCAUAAACAAGUUCUUGGUGUGUAUGUUUGUAGCAACCUCGUUAUGGCUUGUCAAAACCCUCAUCGUUAAAGUUCUCGCAUCUACUUUUCACGUGAACAAAUUCUUCGACAGGAUUCAAGAUGCUUUGUUUAAUCAAUACGUAAUCGAGACGCUCUCUGGGCCUCCGUUGGUCGAGAUCCAAAACAAUCAGUUAGUCGAGAAGACGAUGUCGAGGAGGGUAUGGAGGCCCGACGGUGUGCAAGGUGGUUCGGACGUUGGGACGUUUUCGUUCAAAGCAAGGACUAGUGGGAGGGUAAUCGGGAGCGGAAGGGUACAGACUUCGAGAGGUGUUAGUACCAGACAUUUGGGGUGUUCGAAACACGAAGGGAAAGAUCAAGCGUUAACCAUCGAUCAUUUGCAUCGAAUGAAUCCUGAUAACGUGUCCGCAUGGAACAUGAAGAGAUUGAUGAGAAUCAUUCGUCAUGGAUCUUUGACAACAUUGGAUGAGCAGUUACAUGACACAUACGAUGAUGAAACAGGGACAGAAAUCCGAAGUGAAAUCGAAGCCAAACGUGCUGCAAGAAAGAUUUUCAUGAACGUCACCAGGCGUCGAUCCAAAUACAUCUAUUUGGAUGAUUUAAUGAGGUUUUUGAGAGAAGAUGAGGCUGUGAAAACCAUGUCUUUGUUGGUAGGAUCACCUGAAGAUGAAAGAGUUGGCAAGAGAGCCUUGAAGAAUUGGGUGGUUAAUGUUUUUCGAGAACGGAAAGCACUUGCCUUGACGCUAAAUGAUACGAAAACUGCGGUCAACAAACUGCAUCGGAUGGUGAACGUGUUGGUUGGAAUUGCCGUUUUGAUCAUUUGCCUUGUGAUACUAAACAUCGCGACAACAAAAGUUAUCGUUCUUAUAAGCUCUCAGAUUGUUGUGGUGACGUUUGUAUUCGGUAAUACUUGCAAAAACAUAUUCGAAUCCAUCAUCUUCUUAUUCGUAAUGCACCCUUUUGAUGUCGGUGAUCGUUGCGAAAUUGACGGAGUUCAGAUGAUCGUGGAGGAGAUGAAUAUUUUGAACACAAUUUUUCUUAGAGCCGAUAAUCAGAAGAUCUAUUAUCCGAACAGUGUUCUUCUGCAACGAUCCAUCGGCAACUUCUAUCGUAGUCCUGAUAUGGCAGAUGCAAUCGACUUCUUGAUCCAUGUCAGUACACCGUUAGAUAAGAUCGCGAUCAUCAAACAACGAAUACUCAACUUUGUUGAAAAUAACAAGGAUCAUUGGUACCCCGAUCCAAUUGUGUUAACUAUGGAUAUGCAAGAUUUAAACACACAAAAGUUAUCGAUUUGGGUGCAGCAUAAAAUGAACUAUCAAGACAUAACCGAAAGAUUGAAGAGAAGGGGAACGAUUAUCGAGGAGAUGAAUCGGAUCUUCAAAGAACUCGACAUCGAAUACCGAACGUAUCCACUCGAUAUCAACAUCCGAAGCAUGCCUCCAGCCACCACCAACCGUGUUCCAUCGACAUGGGGACCGACGAAUUGA